CUCUAAUCUCGACGGCGGCGGCGGCAGCGGCGGCAGCAGCGGCAGCGGCAGCAGUAGACACCGCCUGGGGAGCUUGCGCCCAGCGGCCCGCGAGUCGGUCUCGCGGUGAAGAGAAGCAGGGCCAGCGAGACAGUGUCCGAGGGAAGGAGCGCAGAAGCUGGCUCCCGGCUGAGGAGGUGGACGGGGCCGCCGCGGACCCGGAGGAAGGAGGAGGAGGGGAGGCACUGAAAGGACGCCUGGAAGAGGAAGAUGCCGAGUACGGACCUUCUGAUGUUGAAGGCCUUUGAGCCCUACUUCGAGAUUUUGGAAGUGUAUUCCACAAAGGCCAAGAAUUAUGUAAACGGGCAUUGCACCAAGUAUGAGCCCUGGCAGCUAAUUGCAUGGAGUGUCGUGUGGACUCUGCUGAUAGUCUGGGUAUACGAGUUUGUCUUCCAGCCAGAGAGUUUAUGGUCAAGGUUUAAAAAGAGAUGUUUUAAGCUUAUCCGGAAGAUGCCUAUUAUUGGUCGUAAGAUCCAAGAUAAGUUGAACAAGACCAAGGAAGAUAUUAGCAAGAAUAUGUCAUUCCUGAAAGUGGACAAAGAUUACGUGAAAGCCCUGCCCUCUCAAGGAAUGAGCCCGGCUGCAGUUCUGGAGAAGCUCAAAGAAUACAGCUCUAUGGAUGUCUUGUGGCAAGAAGGGAAAGCCUCCGGAGCGGUGUACAGUGGGGAGAAGGAGCUCACUGAACUCCUUGUGAAGGCUUAUGGAGAUUUUGCAUGGAGUAAUCCGCUGCAUCCAGAUAUCUUCCCAGGACUACGUAAGAUAGAAGCAGAGAUUGUGAGGAUGGCUUGUUCCCUAUUCAGUGGGGGACCAGAUUCCUGUGGAUGUGUGACCUCCGGGGGCACAGAAAGUAUUCUGAUGGCCUGUAAAGCUUAUCGGGAACUGGCCUUCGAGAAUGGGAUCAAAACUCCAGAAAUUGUAGCCCCCCAGAGUGCCCAUGCUGCAUUUGACAAAGCAGCCAACUAUUUUGGGAUGAAGAUUAAACGGGUUCCACUGAACAAAGUGAUGGAGGUGGAUGUUCGGGCAAUGGAAAGAGCCAUCUCCAGGAACACUGCCAUGCUCGUCUGUUCUGCCCCCCAGUUUCCUCACGGUGUGAUAGAUCCUGUCCCUGAUGUGGCCAAGCUGGCUGUCAAAUACAAAAUACCUCUUCAUGUGGACGCUUGUCUGGGGGGCUUCCUCAUCGUCUUUAUGGAGAAAGCCGGAUACCCACUGGAGCAACCAUUUGAUUUCCGGGUGAAAGGUGUGACCAGCAUUUCAGCUGAUACUCAUAAGUACGGCUACGCCCCCAAGGGCUCUUCAGUGGUGUUGUACUCUGACAAGAAGUACAGGCACUAUCAGUUCUUCGUUGACACAGAUUGGCAGGGCGGCAUCUACGCUUCCCCAACCAUCGCGGGCUCACGGCCUGGUGGCAUCAGUGCAGCCUGUUGGGCCGCCCUGAUGUACUUCGGUGAGAGCGGCUACGUUGAAGCUACCAAGCAGAUCAUCAAAACCACUCGCUUCCUCAAGUCAGAACUGGAAAAUAUCAAAGGCAUCUUUGUUUUUGGGAAUCCUCAAUUGUCAGUCAUUGCUCUGGGCUCCCAUGAUUUUGACAUCUACCGACUAUUCAACCUGAUGAAUGCCAAGGGCUGGAGCUUGAACCAGUUGCAGUUCCCACCCAGCAUACAUUUCUGCAUCACGUUGGUACACACCCGUAAGCGAGUAGCGAUACAGUUCCUAAAGGACAUCCGGGAAUCUGUCACUCAAAUCAUGAAGAAUCCAAAAGCAAAGACCACAGGAAUGGGUGCGAUCUACGGCAUGGCCCAGGCUACAGUCGACAGGAACCUGGUGGCAGAAUUGUCCUCCGUCUUCUUGGACAGCCUUUUCAGCACAGACACUGUAACUCAGGGCAGCCAGAUGAAUGGUUCUCCAAAACCCCGCUGAGCUGGGAUCCUCCGUGGCCCCGAGGUGCAUCUGGCCUUCAGAAGGUGCUCGGGGUGUGGGACAGGCCACGUGGUUUCAACAUAUCUGGUCUUUGCUCCAUAGAGCACAACGAAGCAGACCAUGAGACAGCUUGAGCCUCAGGAUUCUUGUUUCCAUCCUUUUGUGGUUUUUAAUGUGAAGACUCUAAAGGAUUCCAUGAUGUAAUUAUUUUGCCCUUGUUCUAAAUGUUACCCUGGGAAUUGUUUGUUUUAACCAUUUCCUUCUCUAACCUCUCUUGCUUUCGGCUUCACUUAAUCACGGUGUGGCAGCUCUGACCUGUCCUGACUCCUUAGGGAAGCUGGGCUACAGUUUACGAGAUAGGAAAAGGUUUGCUUUGUUACCUCAGGCAGGUGGGCUAGUCAGACGGGAAGCGUUCCAUAACCGAGGUUUCCCUCGGUGGGGGUGAGGGCUGCUCUAAGCAGGAGGCUUCUCCAGUCCUCCUGUGUGAGUGGUUGGCUGUCUCAGGGUCCCUUCUGUUGCAGCUUGUGUUGUCUCUUGAGGACACAGGUUGACCAGCCAUUGUUCUUGUUAUGCGGGGCCGGCGUGGUCCAGCAGAUCUGCUCAGUCCACCCAGGCACGGUCUGGAGCAGUCGCGGGUCCUCGUCUGUGCCUGCAGUUCCCAUUCGAUACUUGGUUGUCAUCAUCUUUGAAGAUUCUUGUUGGAAAUUAUGCUCCCACUGGUUUGUUCCUGUUUCCAUGGACGAGGAAGAGAAUCUAGGACCUUCUGGGGCUCUGGCGCUGCCUCUCUGAAUUGGCAGUGUGAGAGCACACCUGAACUCUCUUGGGCUGGUGAUGAUCGGAACCAGGCCCUUUUCUAUACUUUUCUGAGGAUCAGAGUGGGGUAAGCACCCAAAUUCAGAUGUGUCACCAGAGUUGGCAGCAGUCCUCACCUCCCUGCUGCUCUGAGCCGUCAAGCAUGUUUGUUUGCCUGAGGGAGCAGCUCAAAGCACGUUCACAAAUUGCCUUGACUUACCCGAGGUGGGUGUGAGGAGCGCGUGAGAGAGCCCCCAAGGCAAGGAAAAUCUCUCUCCAUUAUGUGUUCUUCCUGCCUCUUCCCCCUUUAUUCAGCUCCCAAAGGUACGACGGCAGUUAAGCCUCAGGUACUGCAAGCUCCUCGGCCCUGGCUAGGAUGAGGUUAACUUUCUGGACUAGGAAGACAUGAUGGCAAGUGUCAGCUGUGGCCUAGGGCCUGGGAUUCCUUCGUAAGACUAGUUGCUCAGGGUGGCGCAGGGACGGACCCAACCCUGCGCCCACUCCCCACCCUCUGCCUGCCACACGGGGCGCUGAUGUAGGUUGAGCCGACACACCCUGUGCCUUCUUCCUCAACGGGGACGCGCUGCUCCUGACCCGGGCCGAGGGGAGCUGGAUCAGUCCUUGAGGCUUUCACCUGGGUAGGGGCAAGUCAGGAGGAACUUUCCUUUGUCCCCCUACCCCUCUCAGGGACUCCUGAAUAUUCAGCCUCUUCAGGCUGGUCUCCUCUAGACUUCUUCGCUGGGAACGCCGGCCAGGAGAGCCACGAUGCCCGGACUUCCCGCCAGCUCCUUGGCACGGUUGUCUGAAGUGUUCUUUAGCUCUGUACUUCCUCCACACUAACUGUGGCCAGCUGGCCGCGUUGUUGCAGGGCUGGUGUGGUGUGUUUCAUCCUGUCUUCUGUGGGUUCCAAGGAUGGUUCGGGUGUGUUUGUGUUAGAGGCUGAGAUCCUUCGGACGUGAGAGUCACGUUCCCCCUGGUGGCUGAACUGCUGGGCACCUCCUGAGAGAGAGACUGUGCAUGAACCGUCCCUGGAUCUCCAGUGCGUUCAGGUUGGAUAGAGGAAGUCCAGGGGCCCAGAACCACCCGGCAGGCACCACUGUGGUUUGUCAGCUGCUAAAAUGGAGAAGCACGUGCCCUGCAGAGUGUGCUGUUGCUUCCGGUGUCUCCCAGGACCUUCCUCUGUGCUGUGACAUUGCUUGGGGCGGUGGGGGGGUGGCACGAUGGUGUUUUUCAAAGGGACCUGCUAUUGCCACUUCAGGUUAUGAUCACGAGCGUCAGUCUAACCCAACACUUGUGGGCUUUCUAUUCUGUACACCUGUGCACGUGAGUAACAGUCUGGCAGAGGUGGGUGGGAUGUCUUGAUGAUGUCUUGUUGCUAGCAGGUGUCACAUCGGCCUCUGUAAAAACUGUACUCAUUUCUGGGUUAGAAUUAAGUAGUCGCAUGAAUAUACUGCCAUGUCACUUUUAACAUGACCAGUUUUAUACUUGGAAAACGGUACUUGCCUCUUUUAGAUCUUUUCUGUCUUUAACCUCCCCCUUUUCCAUCUCAAGGCUCCCUUCCUAAUUGCAGCAAUAAUCUCUUAAGAAGCAAUUAAGUAAUAAAAUGUCCCAAAUUUUAA